AUGCUACAGGGUGACUGUAUCGAGCGGCAGCCGGACCACAUCGUGGUGGCGGUGACUCUAUCGGAGGAAGGCAGAGGGCUCAUCCAAUGGACGAUCAGCCGAUGCCAGCCGGGUGACGUCAUCUACGUCCUCCACGUCAUCGUGCCGCCCACCGACGGCGCGCGCCCGCCGCGGUUGGAGGAGAUGCGCGAGGACCAGCGGCGGAAGCUGGAGAUCUUCUCCGCGCUGCUGUGGGGCUUCGAGGCGCUCUGCGACGAGAAGAAGGUGGCGGCGUCGGUGCGCGUGGUGCACGGCGCGUGCGAGGAGCAGGCGGUGGCGGACGAGGCGAGACUGCUGGGGGCGACGCGGGUCGUCGUGCACAAGGACGGCAUGGGGCGGCGCUUCUCCCCGCGCGCGCUGGAGCAGCGCCUUCCGCCCGCCUGUAUGGUGCUCUUUGUCGGCGGUGGACGCCUCGCGCUCGCGAAGCGCGGGAAGGGCGGAGUGGGCGCGGCGGUGGGCGCGGCGGAGGGGAAGAGCGCGGGGAACAGAGCAGCAGGUGAGUACACGGGCAGACUGGUGCAUGCGGCUUUCGCCCUCACCGCCGCUCAACUCCUGUCUCUCUCACCAAUUCUUUCUCAAUUCUCAACUUUCGCUUCUCGUUUCCUCCUCUCACCUGCUUCACACUCCCUCUCAUUUUCUCUCUCAAUUCCCCCCUCGUGCCCUCAAUUUUCAUGUGCGCCGGAAGCAGCGGGUGACGCCACGCCCAACGGGCAUCGCCCGCUCUACAUCCCGCUUAUGCGCCUCUUCGGUAGUAGUAGCAAGGACCGGGACGGGUACAGGGACGAGGGAGUCGCUGCCAAGGGCGGUGCCGGUGAGAAGGCGAAGGUCGGCGCGAGGGAGAGCGUGCGGGAGAGGGAGAGGGAGCAGGGAAGGGAGAGGGAGGUGAAGGCGGCAGGCGCUACCUCCUCGUCUUCUGCUCGCUCCUCCAAGCCACACCACGGCGGCAAUAGCGGCAGCAGCAGAAGUGCGAGCGGUGCAGGAGCGUCGCCGCACCCCACGGCACGCAGUGCCAUGCAUGCGAGCAGCAUGAGCCAGGGGCCAUCCAUGAUGGGCAGCGGCAUCAGCCGCAGCGGACCCCUCUCGUACCACCAUGCUGCAGCGAGCGGUGCUGGGAGCAUGAGCGGCCCGCACGACCGAUCAGCACCAGUGGCGGCACAUGCAGCAGCGGCGGGGGGGAGUGGGGGAGCGCGCAGGUUGGCGCAGCUGCUGCGGUCCAACUCGCUGACGAGCCUGCGCCAGCACCCCGCCUCGCAUAACGCCAAGCCGUCCAUUGCUCAGCGCGCACUCUCGCUGCUGCAGGGCGACGUCUCCUUCCCCCGCAGGCCAUUCGCGCCGGGCAAGGCGCGCAGCGUCUGCAACUCCCCGCGCGCCUCCUCCCCCCACGCGUCCUUCUUCUCCUCCUCCUUCUCCGCCUCCCGCCCCUCCUCCCCCCGCGCAUCCCGCCCGUCCUCCCCCCGCUCCUCCGCCUUCAAUUCGUUCUUCCCCUCCUCCCCGCGCUCCUCCCGCCCCUCCUCCCCACGCGCCAGCGCAGGCAACCCGCAGUUCUCCCCCUUUGUCUCCCCGCGCGCCACUGCAGCGAAUCCCUUCUUCCCCCCCUCCUUCGACCCGUCGUCCCGCGCUGCCGCUACCGACGGCAGGUUGGGGCAGCGACAGCAGGGGCAGCAGCAAGGUGGGGGGCAGCAGCGGCAACGGCAGGGGCAGCAGCAGGAGCAAGGGGGUAGCAGAAGCGCGGAGCACAUGCCAAAGUGGCAGCUGCUGCGGUCGUCCAUCACAGGCAAACAACAGCCUCAGCAGCAGAUGCAGCAGCAGCAGGGGCAGCAGGCGCAGCAGCAGGCGCAACAGCAGCAGCAGCAGCAGCAGCAGCAGCAUUUGAGAGACGGGUCACGUUCGUUUGAGUCACAGUCGGCCGCAGUCACGCCCUGGCACAUGCGCGUGCAGCGGUCAGCGUCGUUUGCGGGCGUGAGCGCCGUGGCGGCGACCCUGGCGCAGCAGCUGGGGUGGGAGCACGAGGCGGAGGCGGCGGAGGAGGAGGAGGAGCGCAAGGCGCGCGAGCAGGUGCGCAGGGGACGCGAGGUGGCGCAAGGGGAGGAGGGGCGGCGGGGCGAGGGACAGCAGAGUGCGCAGAGCGAACUGAACGCGCGACUGGUGAGGCUGCAGCAGCAGCAGCAGCAGAUGGAGCAGGGUGGGAGAGGGAUGAGAGGAGGGGAAGGGAAGGUGAGCUUCUAUGUGGGUCAAGGGCAACAGGAGGAAGCGAUGGCAAGAGCUGAUAUAGCCAGCGCUGCUCGCGAUGCUGCCAUUGCUGACCGCACUGAAGGCGUUGACUGCAUUGACUGGGCCAACCGCUGUGACGUGGAAACUGCGUCCUCCUCUUCCUCUUCCUCUGACGAUUCGUCUGAGCGCGGGGAUGCCAAUAACGCGGAUGGGCUGGAUGAUGCGAUACAGGGUACAGUGCACCACUGUAGCUUCCCGUCUAUGGACGCGUCAGAUGCCGCCCAGCCUGUCCUGGAGUCGUUCUGCUCUGACAUCUCUGCCACGUCAGCUGCAACGUCAUCCUCCGCGUUUUCGUCUCGUUCAGGAACGUCCUCGCAUUGGACGGACAUCCCCAGCAGCGGCUCCCUCUCAACCCCAGCCUGCCACGUGUCACAGCAAUGCCACCCUGGCAGCAAAGCCAACAACAACAGCAGCAGCAUCAGAAAGAGCAGAGGCAGCGGCUAUCUCUCAGAUUCGGCCCUGAUUCCCAGAACACCUGGUGCUAAGCUAGCAGCACCUGAAAAAUCACCUGAAGCAGCACCUGAAACACCUGGAACAGCAGGAGUCAGAGAAUCAAGGUUGAAUGCGGCACGUUCACAAGGGAGGGAGAACUUAGGCGGGCGCAGAGCAGCCUUGGAACCUGUUUGUGGUAACCAGAUGCGUGCCGCAGGGCGAGGAGGGGAGGAGGCGAGGGGUGAAGGGAACUCAGGGCAGGAGAAUCAAGGGCACGAGAGAAAGGGGCAGGAUGGGAAGGGGCAUGGGUUGGUGGGGGAGGCAGUGGCGCGGGAGAGGGCGGAGGCAGGGGAGGGUAAGGAGGACGCCAGGUGUCCUGUUCUGGUUGGCCGGUUCCCCGUGCACAGGCCACGGCAGAGGGCGGGCGUGGGCGGCACAAUGGGCGGCUCAGUGGGCGGGUGGAGUGGCGGGUCGGGGCGGCGACUCUCGGUGCUGAAUAAGACGAGGGACCCCCAGAGCGUGAGGCGCAUAGCGUCUGAGAGUGACAGGGAUAGGGCGAGGGAUUUCGGGAGAGUGAGGAGAGAAGGGAGUGGGAUUGGGAGUGAGAGGGGCAUGUGUGCGCCUGAUGCGUGUUUGUUAGCUGAUGGUGGGAGUGAGGGUGGUGUGAGCGAGAGGGAGGGCGGUGAGAGUGCGAGGGACAGGGAGUGGGGGUUUGUGGUGCGAGCAGCAGGAGUGGGGGAGACGGGCAGGGAGAGGGAGGAUGCAGGGGAGAGUGCUGAAGAGGUGAGUGCGGACGGGGAGGAUGAGGAGGAGACCGAGAGGGAAGAUGGAAGGGAGGCAGAUGCGGGAGAAGAAGUGAGUGAGAGGAGGAGUAGCGAGGCGAGGAGUGAAGGGAGAGAAGUGCGGGAGACGAGCAGCGGGGAGGGAGAGGGAGGGAGGCAGGCAGAAGGUAGCAGGGAGGUGGAGAGCGGUGCAGAGGGAGGGGUGGACCCACUGCCGUGUGUACGACAGCAGUCGCUGCCUGUGAGCCGCAGCUGCACCUCGCUGCUGCCCUCCACGCGCUACUUCUCCGACGGCGGCGAGCAGGCGCGCAGGGACGGCAGGAGGGACGUGCCUGCCAUGCCACAGAGAGCAGCAUUAGGAGCGGACGCGGGGUUGCAUGGAGGGGACGGGUGGAGUGGUGCAGGACUGGGCAGGAGUAGCAGUGGUGGCGGCGGUGGCGUUGCUGCACGUGCAGCCCUGGCGUCACCGUCCCCUGGCGUGCGGCGGAGCAACUCGUUCACUCAGGGAGCCAGGCUCACAACUGCAGGGGCAGCGGCAGCACAGGCGGCAGCAGGGGUGGAAGCAGUGGGGGCGGUGGGCGCGGGUGGGGCGGUGGGCGCGGGUGGGGCGGGAGCGUGGGAGGGGCCGUGGCGGAAGCUGCAGUGGUGCCAGGUGGAGCAGGCGACUGAUGGGUUCGCCACGAGGAACCUUCUGGGAACGUGCGGGGGCUACAGCCGGGUGUAUCAAGGGCGGCUGCCCGGCGGGCAGCAGAUAGCUGUGAGGCGCGAGAUGCUCUCCUGCGCCACCACUGCUGAUGGUGGUGAUGCUGGUUGCGGUGGUGCUGGUGGGGUUAUUGCUGCUUAUGGUGCCAGGCAAGGGGGGAGACCACGUGGCGGUGUGCCAUUGGCUGUGGAACGCGGGCUGAGCAGCGAGGUGGCGGCUGAGCUGGCGGUGCUGGCGACGCUGAGUCACCGCCACGUGGCACAGCUGGUGGGGGUGUGUGCGGAGAGGAGGGACGAGGUGGCACUGGUGUUUGAGCACAUGGAAGGGGGCACCCUUGAGUCUGCGCUGAGAGGGAACUCCGGUUCUGCUGCGGCUGCGGCUGCGGCUGGUAACCCUGGCUCUCUCCCGUGGACUGUGCGGCCAAUAGGAGCACGCCAGCUGGCACUGGCACUGCACUACCUGCACGAGGGGGCGCCCAGGGCAGUGGUGCAUCGGAACGUGCGGGCGGCGAGUGUGAUGCUAACGAGGGGCGGCGAGGUGAAGCUAUCGGAGUUUGGGUUGGCUCUCUUCGCUGCUAACAACGAUGCGCCCAUGCAAGUUCCGCUUGCUGGCACGUUCGGGUGA